CUAGAGAGGUAACAAUUGUUUCCGAGAAGCUGCAUUUUAUAUUAAAGACACGUCGUCAAAAGGGCCAUUCCUGGUCUAAGGUAACGAGGCGGUUAUUUGUUAUGGCUGUUGCAGAACUGGUGGCAAAAUGCUUGCAGGCACGCGAGAUGGUUUACUGUCCUUACAGCAAGUUUCCAGUCGGUGCCGCUAUUCUGACGACAGGGGGCGCCAUUGUCACUGGGUGCAAUGUUGAGAAUGCCUCCUAUGGUCUUACCGUAUGUGCAGAGAGAACUGCGAUACAGAGAGCGGUCACAGAAGGCUACAGAAGAUUUACAGCUACAGUGAGGGAAAUAACGGUCACAUGUGAUGUCAAGGACAGUUUUGUGGGACCCUGUGGUGCUUGUCGACAGGUAUUAAUGGAGUUUGGUACAGAAUGGGACGUUUACUUGACCAAGCCAGAUGGCUCCUAUAAGAAGACCAGUCUUAGAGACCUCCUGCCAUUAGCAUUUACUCCAGCUCACCUGGAAAACAACUGAGUGUACAAUAUUCCACUACAAUAUACCAUAAAAAUAAGAAAAGUCUUAUUUUUAUUUAAUUUAUUAAAUCCUUAUACAUCCACCAUUUCUUCUGCCCCUCCCUAGCCUGUAUUUCUUUGUAUGGUAUCAUAGCACUUCUUAGGUUAUUGUCUUCUUGAAUCUCUUUGCUGUACUCAUUUUUAAAUCACUUUGGAUAAAAUCAACUGCUGAUUAAAGGCAAAUGCAGGUAUGUGAAAAGUGAUUAAACUAUUCUGAUAUUCCAGUCUGAUUGGACCAACUGAAACCCAAGCGUAAUCUAAUUUUAUUCAUUUCUUGCUGUUCAGGAUUUGGGGUCAUAUUUAUAUUGGAUAUGCAGAAAAGGAAGAGUACGGUGGCCGCUAGGUGUCACUACGCUGCAACUGAAGAAAACACAUGCAAACACAAAAAACACAAGCAAAUUCAGAAAGCAUCUUCAUUAGUUUGGCGACACAUUCCCUGCAAAUACUCGAAACACAAACAAACACAGAAACGCGCUGCAAAUACUCGCAACACAAACAAACACAGAAACGCGCUGCAAAUUCUCGCAACACAAACAAACACAGAAACGUGCUGCAAAUUCUCGCAACACAAACAAAC